GGCGGCGGCUCCCCUGGAGGCCGGGGAUGUGGGAGAGGCGGUGGCAGCAGCGGCGGAGGCGGCGCUGCGGACCCGGGGGAAACUGCUGGCUGACAGGACGCCCGGGAGAGACGUGAGGGAGCCGCCGCUGCCGCCUCGUACUCCCGAGCGGAGCCGGGCUCCCCAGGGCGGCCCUGCGCUCCCGGGCCGACGGGCCAGCCGGCGCGGCGCGGACGCGGGCAGCCGGGCUCGGGCCUGGGCUCGGCCCCGCCGCGGAGCAGCAGCCUCGGCGCGCCGGCGAAGGCUGGAGGCGGCGGCCAUGCACUAGGCCCCGUGUGGGACGGCCGCCCGGGACCCGCAGUUGAGUGGUGAUUUUAUGCAAUGGCUUCAAGCCACAGUUCUUCACCAGUGCCUCAAGGAAGCAGCAGUGAUGUUUUCUUUAAAAAAGAGGUAGAUCCAGCAAAACACACUCGACCUGUGCAGUCACUGCCAGAUGUGUGUCCCAAGGAACCCACAGGUGAUUCAAAUAGUUUAUGUGUUGCCCCAUCUCUAGUUACAGAUCAACAUAGAUGGACUGUAUAUCAUUCCAAAGUAAAUCUCCCAGCAGCAUUAAAUGAUCCUAGAUUAGCAAAAAGAGAAUCUGACUUCUUCACAAAAACAUGGGGAUUAGACUUUGUGGACACCGAAGUCAUACCUUCAUUCUACCUCCCACAGAUCAACAAGGAACAUUUUACAGCAUAUCAACAGGAAAUCUCUCAGAGAGAGAAGAUUCAUGAGAGAUGCAAGAAUAUUUGUCCUCCUAAGGAUACAUUUGACAGGACUCUUUUACAUACUCAUGAUAAAUCCAGGACAGAUCUGGAGCAAGUACCUAAGAUUUUUAUGAAACCAGAUUUUGCCUUGGACGAUUCCUUAACUUUCAAUUCAGUUUUACCAUGGUCUCAUUUUAAUACUGCUGGUGGAAAAGGAAAUCGUGAUGCAGCUUCCUCAAAGUUGCUUCAAGAAAAGCUGAGCCACUAUUUGGAUAUUGUGGAAGUAAACAUUGCUCACCAGAUCUCUCUACGUUCAGAAGCAUUUUUUCAUGCAAUGACCUCUCAACAUGAAUUGCAGGACUACCUCAAGAAAACUUCCCAGGCUGUAAAAAUGCUUCGUGAUAAAAUUGCACAGAUUGAUAAAGUAAUGUGUGAAGGAUCACUACAUAUUUUAAGACUGGGACUUACCAGAAAUAAUUGUGUUAAAGUAUACAAUAAACUGAAGUUAAUGGCCACUGUACACCAAACUCAGCCUACAGUACAGGUGUUAUUAUCUACUUCUGAAUUUGUUGGAGCAUUGGAUUUAAUAGCAACAACGCAAGAGGUUCUACAGCAGGAACUGCAGGGCAUUCACAGUUUCCGGCACUUGGGAUCACAGCUUUGCGAAUUAGAAAAACUGAUAGAUAAAAUGAUGAUUGCAGAAUUUUCUACUUAUUCCCACAGUGACUUAAAUAGACCACUGGAAGAUGAUUGUCAAGUUUUAGAAGAGGAAAGACUAGUAUCUCUUGUAUUUGGACUUUUAAAACAAAGAAAACUUAAUUUUUUAGAAAUCUAUGGUGAAGAAAUGAUUAUUACAGCAAAGAAUAUCAUUAAACAGUGUGUGAUUAAUAAAGUUUUACAAAUAGAAGAAAUAGACACAGAUGUUGUUGUAAAGCUUGCAGAUCAGAUGAGAAUGUUGAAUUUUCCCCAGUGGUUUGAUCUGUUAAAGGAUAUUUUCUCUAAGUUUACAGUUUUCCUACAGAGAGUUAAGGCAACAUUCAGUAUCAUUCACAGUGUUGUUCUCUCAGUUCUUGACAAAAACCAAAGGACUAGAGAAUUGGAGGAGAUUUCACAGCAGAAGAAUACAGCAAAAGACAAUUCAUUGGACACAGAGGUGGCUUAUUUAACCCAUGAAGGCAUGUUUAUAAGUGAUGCAUUCAGUGAAGGCGAAUUAGCACCUUUAGCAGUUGACACUACCUCUCAAAGAAAUGCAUCUCCAAACAGUGAACCCUGCAGCAGUGAUUCAGUAUCUGAACCUGAAUGUACUACUGAUUCUUCAUCCAGCAAAGAGCACACAUCAUCAUCUGCUACUCCAGGGGGUGUAGAUAUUAUUGUCAGUGAAGACAUGAGAUUAACCGACUUAGAGCUAGGAAAGCUGGCAAAUAAUAUCCAGGAAUUAUUGUACAGUGCCUCAGAUAUGUGCCACGAUCGAGCCGUCAAAUUUCUCAUGUCAAGAGCAAAGGAUGGUUUUCUUGAGAAGCUAAAUUCCACGGAAUUCAUAACACUUUCUAGAUUAAUGGAAACAUUCAUUGUAGACACUGAAAAGAUCUGUGGAAGAAGAAGCAUGUCAUUACUUGGAGCACUUCAGAGUCAAGCUAAUAAAUUUGUAAAUAGGUUUCAUGAAGAGAGAAAAACCAAACUCAGCCUUCUCUUAGAUAAUGAGCGCUGGAAGCAAGCUGAUGUUCCUGCAGAAUUUCAAGAUCUUGUUGACUCAAUAUCAGAUGGAAAAAUUGCUUUACCUGAAAAAAAAUCAGGGGCUACAGAAGAAAGGAAACCAGCUGAAGUUCUCAUUGUCGAGGGACAACAGUAUGCUGUUGUUGGAACUGUAUUGCUGUUAAUAAGAAUAAUCCUUGAAUAUUGCCAGUGUGUGGAUAACAUCCCAUCUGUUACUACUGACAUGCUUACUCGUCUGUCAGAUUUAUUGAAGUACUUCAAUUCCAGAAGUUGUCAGUUAGUUCUUGGAGCUGGUGCACUGCAAGUUGUUGGACUAAAAACAAUAACUACAAAAAAUUUGGCUCUUUCUUCACGAUGUUUGCAGUUAAUUGUGCACUACAUUCCUGUGAUCCGGGCUCACUUUGAAGCUCGGCUACUUCCUAAGCAAUACAGCAUGCUUAGGCAUUUCGAUCACAUCACUAAGGAUUACCAUGACCACAUAGCUGAAAUAUCAGCUAAGCUUGUAGCGAUAAUGGAUAGCUUAUUUGACAAGCUGUUAUCAAAGUAUGAGGUGAAAGCUCCCGUUCCUUCUGCCUGUUUCAGGAAUAUUUGUAAACAAAUGGCAAAAAUGCAUGAAGCUAUAUUUGAUCUUCUUCCAGAAGAACAAACACAGAUGUUAUUUUUAAGAAUUAAUGCAAGUUACAAACUCCACUUGAAAAAGCAGUUAUCUCACUUAAAUGUGAUAAAUGAUGGAGGACCUCAAAAUGGGUUGGUCACAGCAGAUGUAGCUUUUUACACUGGAAAUCUUCAAGCCUUGAAAGGCCUUAAAGAUUUGGACCUAAAUAUGGCUGAGAUCUGGGAACAGAAGAGAUGAUAACAUGCUGCAAACUGGGUAGUUAUCUGACCAUGGGAUGUGUGUUUCUGAAGAAAACUUGGAAGCCUGUGUUUUAAGAACUGACCCUGGAACCCAAAGUGAACUGAGGUGGGGGAAAGGGAAAAGGAAAUUAUCAGUGUUGGGAAAACUGGAUUCAGUGGGAUCUACAAAGAAUGCCAUUUUUGUACAUCCUUCAGUGAGGAGUAACUGAUCAGGUGUCUAUAUAACAUUUUUCAUUCUCUCUGGAAACAGACUCAGGUUUCUUUGGACCAAAUCCAAAAGAACACAUAGCUGUAACACAGCUGUAGUUGACUAGAAUGCUCUGUAUACUUUAUAUUUAAAAAUGCUUUGCAUUUCUUCCAGUGCAAUGAAAUUCAUACGGUGUCCCACCUUAUUUAAUGAUGGUACAAUUUAAAAUAUUAAAAUCUUAGUCAACCUCUGUAGAAAGUUUUCUCUAUGAAAGUAAAGCUGUUUGAAAAAUUAUUUUUUUACAGAUCUUUCUAUAAAAAAAUAAACAUCUUUUGAUUGCUUGGAUUUAGGAAUUCAAUUUUUGUUUUAGUGACCAAUGUUAAGUUUUAGGCUUUGUGUGUUGUAUAUUUAAUCUUUCUACUACCACCAUAUGUCAACUGGGUAAAGCCUCAAACAGUCUAAAUAUAUACAAGUAAUAAGAUAUUUGCAUUUAUGCAACUACUAAUUUAAUUACUUUUCAGAAGUGGUAUAUAAAAGGCUACAGUUUAAUAGCUGUAUUUUUAUAAAAGUAUCUAUGAAGGGUUUGGGUUUUUGGGUUUUUUCCUCCUUUUUAUUUCUAGCAGAGAUAAGAAUAUGUAUUCAUAUAAUAUGCCUACUUGUGAGUUCUCAUUUUUAACAUUUAGAUAACAUAUGAAGUAUGGCCCUCUUAGAUUCUUAAGUUACUUUCACUAUGUAUAUGAACAAUGACCAGGGAGAAACAGAACUUUUAAAAUGUAGGUUACUGUGUUGGGGCCAGAAAUACAAGGUGAUGAGUAAGUUAUUUAAAGAUUUUUAUAAUACCUACCUUCAAAAUUAGAUUCAGCAGCACUCUACAAAUUAAAGUGCCUGUGCCUCACCUCACACCAAGAAUCUUGCCUAACCCUGUCAGAGUGCCUAAUCUUGUGGUGAUUAUGUACAAUGAAAGUCUUAUUUUGUGCUCUUCAGUUUCAGAAAAGGAAAGCUUGUUUUCUUUCCUUUAUCAUUACAGAGGUAUGUCGUCAUUGGUUCUUCAACUGUCUGUCUAAAAUAAAGCUGUA